GAAAACAACAGAGGGAGUAUAACUAAUUUUUACAAAAAUUGGAACAGAAAAUCACCAUUCUUUUUGGCGCGAGAAGACGAAUGUCGAUAUGCUAGAGAGAGAAAGAGAAAGGUGAGAAGUGACAAAAAUGGAGGUGAUGAGAAUAGCAAUAUCAGGAACACAAAGAGGCAAAUUAAUAUCAGCAGGCUACACUUCUCUCUCUUCUCUCUCCUCCAUUUCUCCUUCUCUUCUUGCUCGAGAUUUAAAUAUUUCAGAAGUUGAAGCCCUUGAAAUAUUGAAGGCUGCAUCACAUAGCAGCAGAAAAGACAACGCUGGUGGAAGUCAUGCAGUUCUCAAUGGUGCUCAAAAUGCAUGGGAAAUGUUGCAUGGGGACUCGUGUACACGGAUCACUACAUCUUCUGCUGAUGUUGAUGACAUCCUAGGUGGUGGUAUAAGCUGUAAAGAAGUUACUGAGAUAGGUGGAGUACCUGGCAUUGGCAAAACACAAUUCGGGAUUCAACUUGCAAUUAAUGUCCAAAUUCCAGUCGACUUUGGUGGUCUUGGAGGAAAAGCAAUUUAUGUAGAUGCAUGUUUAGAUACAGAGGGCAGCUUCAUAGUGGAGCGUGCUUUACAGAUUGCUGAAGGUUGCAUUGACGUCAUGGGGGAGGAUGAUUACUUUCGGCAAAGAGAUAUUCGAGCUGUUAGAGAAAAAUUGCUCCCAGAGGUUUUUUUGGCUAACAUAUUCUAUUUUAGAAUCUGCAGUUACACUGAGCUGAUUGCUAUGAUAAAUCAUCUGGACGAAUGGGUCUCUAAGCAUAAAGAUGUCAAAGUGGUUGUAAUUGAUAGUCUAACAUUUUAUUUCCGUCAAGAUUUUGAGGACAUGGCCCUCAGGACUCGGAUUCUUGGUGAGAUGGCACUGAAAUUGAUGAAGCUUGCACAUAAGUUCAAUCUGGCUGUGGUCAUAUUAAAUCAAGCGGCAACCAAGUAUACAGAAGGUUCAUGUCAACUUACUUUAGCACUAGGUGACAGUUGGUCUCAUGCAAGUACAAACAGGAUCAUCUUAUACUGGAAAGGGGAUGAGCGUUGCGCUUAUGUUGACAAAUCACCCUCUCUUCCAUCCGCCUCUGCACCAUACUCUAUUACAGCUAAGGGUAUCCGAAACUCAAGUAAAAAUUGUAAAAGACUGAAAAUUCUGUGAGCCUAUUCUAUUCAGUUGGUUCCAUAUUCCAAUAGAUUGCAAAUGGUUUUUUCGCUUGUACAUUUAUCACGGUUCCUUGCUUGGUGCUUUUUUCAGCUCCAGUUUGCUUGCUGAACUGAUUAAAAGUUGCUCCUCUCAAGAAAAUAAAUAUAAAAUCUAAAGUAUUGCAUUCAAAGAGUAUUGUGUGAUGCGAAAGUCUCAAUUUAUCUUAGAUAUAUGCAUUCUUUUGCAUCUUAACUCUUUUAAGUAUAAAAAAUGGUUACUAUGUCCUAGCUAAACUCCUUUCCUACCCCAUCUGGUGAGAUAAUGACUAAUUCUGCUUACUAUGUCCUUUCACAACAAAAUGAAAUCUACAUCAGGACAACUCCGACAAUUACGAAAGUAUUUCGUAUCAUCUCAAGUUUGAACUGUUGAACAUCAUGCAAAAAUGGAAAAUCUGGCACAACAGCAUGGUUGUUUAUGCCAACCUCCAUCAGAGAGGAAUGGGUGCCAUAGAUUGAUAUCCCAUCUGCCUCAGUGAAAUGAAAGACACACAACAUCACUUCCGUUGGUGCCAACUGGCCACUGGAGCAUGGGUAACCAAUCAGCUGAUUGUUCGUUUCCCUGACGAAAGACCAUACCCCCCCCCCCCUAGAGUGGCUCAUUGCUUGGGUUAUAUAUUUGAGGAGAAGACGGGAGACUAGGAGGUCACACUGCACAUCUAAUGGCGAUGCGAACAUGCUAACUCAGCAAUACAAACUGAAGUUAACGCUUACCUUCAAGCCAUACAAUGGGACCAACACCAGGGUUAUACUUGCAUUAACAUCCAGACAGAGUCAGAGCUUCUUGUUUGAUACCUCAAAUCUCCUAAAGUGUGCGAAAUAACAAGUAAUUGGGCUACAGAUGCAAUCUGUAAGAUCGCUUAUUCCAUACAAUGGUGUAGGAUCACAAAAGUCUCCUGAGUACAAUAUCUCGAAAAAUUAAAAUAGGGGUUUUUCACCUUAUAUACGGAUAUACCUUUGCGUUUAUUUAGUUUCUACAUUGUAUAUCGAACUUUUAUAAAUUCUACACAAUGCCCUUAAACUUAUAUUUUUUAUACACUAUUCCAACCCCCCCCCCCCCCAACUAGAAGUCGCUAAUUUCAUUUACGUAGGAAUUGGGAUGGGAUCAAGUCUUGAGCUUUCCUGUAAUUUCUAUCCCAAAUAUUUGCUUGGGAUUUUCAUAGGGGUCGAGGUAUAUGGUUGUAAACUUAUAAUGGGCCUCUGCGUAAGGUCCCUGUGUGAGGGUAACACAAAGAAUUUCUUCUUAUAUAUUAAAAAUUCUAAUUUUAUUUA